AUGGCAACACGGGUUCUCGAAUCGCGCUUCGAGCGCAUGUCUGUGAACGACGAGAAUGAUCCUGGCGAUGGCAUGAAAUACCAGAAGUCAAAGAUGACAAACGCUUCAUCCACCACAUCUACACAACUUUCUCAAAAUGCUGGCCGAGCGAACCUACUGAAGAUCGCAUUGCAAAAUCAAAACACCACAAGUACCAUCGUUACCGUCCCUUCCCAAGCAGCUCAAUGGCGAGCCUCGAAUAUGCAGAAUGGACCAACAUCACCGACACGAAAAGCUCGAGGGUCCGAUGAGGUAGUCAAGGUGGAACGCAAGUCAAAUCCUAUCUACGAACAACCUGCUCAACCAAAACAAUUCCAUCUCGGCAUGUUUGAAAUUGGACGACCAUUGGGAAAAGGAAAAUUCGGCCGUGUUUACUUGGCAAGAGAACGUAGCACGGGAUAUGUGUGCGCGCUGAAGGUUCUACACAAAAACGAAUUGCAGCAAGGGAAGGUUGAGAAGCAGGUCCGGAGAGAGAUUGAAAUUCAGAGCAAUCUCCGACACCCUAACAUCCUUCAAUUGUACGGUCACUUUCACGACAGCAAAAGAGUCUUCCUGAUUCUCGAGUUCGCGGGCAAAGGAGAGUUAUACAAACAUCUUCGGCGAGAAAACAGGUUUCCGGAAUGGAAGGCAGCUGGGUAUAUCGCACAGAUGGCCGAAGCAUUGAUGUAUCUUCAUAAAAAACAUGUCAUGCAUCGAGAUAUCAAACCAGAAAAUAUUCUCGUCGGUAUCCAUGGCGAGAUUAAGAUUUCCGACUUCGGCUGGAGUGUACACGCUCCAAACAACAGACGGAACACGCUGUGCGGAACUCUUGAUUAUCUACCACCGGAAAUGAUCAAGCCAGGAAGUCAGGAUAACUAUUACAGCGAGAAAGUUGAUCUUUGGAGUUUGGGUGUUUUGACAUAUGAAUUUUUGGUUGGGGAAGCGCCGUUUGAAGACACUCCAGUAAUGACCCACAGAAGGAUUGCAAGAGCGGAGAUGACGGUACCGAGUUUUGUCAGUCCUGAAGCAAAGGACUUAAUCAAGAGGCUACUCGUCCUUGAUCCUGAAAAGCGAAUACCUCUGGAGCAAGUUAAAAAGCAUCCAUGGAUCAUCAAGCAUUGUGUCAAGGGAGAGCGGGCCAGCAUGCGUGACUCAAAGUCAACUGGCAGCAAAUCUUCAGGCGGUGGUGAACGUGAUGAAUGA